CCUUCAUUCUUUCUCUUAUCUCUAUUUCUGCUUUCUCUUCUCAUCUCUCUCUAUUAUCUUUCUUUCUUGGUAUAUCCAGAGAAAACAAAGCCAUGAAGUGGCUAUCCAAAAAGGUUACGUGCAAUUCUCAUGGGCAAGACUCUUCAUACUUCUUAGGAUGGCAGGAGUACGAGAAGAACCCAUACGAUGAGGUUCGAAAUCCAGAUGGGAUCCUUCAGAUGGGACUUGCAGAGAAUCAGCUCUCCUUCCACCUCCUUGAAUCAUGGUUAUCGAAGAACCCAGAUGCAGCUGGGUUCAAAAGAGAUGGAGAAUCAAUAUUCAAAGAACUCGCUCUGUUUCAAGAUUAUCAUGGCUUACCUGCCUUCAAGAAUGCAAUGGUUGAAUUCAUGGCCGAGAUAAGAGGAAACAAAGUCCGGUUUGACCCUAAGAAGUUAGUCCUCACUGCCGGUGCAACUUCAGCCAACGAGUCCCUCAUGUUCUGCCUUGCUGAACCUGGAGAAGCAUUCCUUCUUCCCACACCCUACUACCCAGGGUUUGAUAGAGAUCUCAAAUGGAGAACUGGGGUGGAGAUCGUCCCAAUACAUUGUUCCAGCUCCAAUGGCUUCCGAGUCACUCAAUCUGCAUUAGAAGAGGCAUACAAACAAGCCCAGAAAAAUAAUUUGAAGGUUAAAGGUGUUCUUAUCACCAAUCCUUCAAAUCCCUUAGGCACAACGAUCACCAGAGAAGAGAUUGACCACCUCAUCAACUUCGUUUCUGCAAAAGAGAUCCAUUUAAUAAGUGAUGAAAUCUACUCUGGAACUGUCUUUAACUCGCCAGGUUUCAUUAGCGUUCUAGAAGCUUUGAAGGAAAGAAACCUUGAGGAUACUGAUGUUUGGAAUCGGGUUCACAUUGUCUAUAGUCUUUCAAAGGAUUUGGGUCUACCCGGAUUCCGGGUUGGUGCCAUUUACUCUAAUGAUGACACAGUGGUAGCCGCUGCAACCAAAAUGUCAAGCUUUGGACUUGUCUCUUCUCAAACUCAGUACCUUCUCUCUGUAAUGCUCUCUGAUAAGAAGUUUACAAGCAAUUACAUUGCCGAGAACCAAAGCAAGCUUAAGGAAAGACAUGACAUGCUUGUUUCCGGCCUUGCCGACGUCGGAAUUAGCUGCUUGAAGAGUAACGCCGGCUUGUUCUGUUGGGUUGACAUGAGAAAUCUCUUAAGCUCUAAUACUUUUGAAGCAGAGAUGGAACUGUGGAAAAAAAUCUUAUAUGAAGUUGGAUUAAAUAUCUCCCCCGGUUCGUCCUGUCAUUGCACUGAACCGGGUUGGUUCCGGGUUUGUUUCGCUAACAUGUCAGAAGAGACAUUAAGGAUUUCGUUGCAGAGGGUUAAGGCCUUCGUGGAAGUGGAGUCUACUAUUGCUAGUAACAGUAAUAGCCAUAGACAGUCUCCAAGAAGCUCGAGAAGAAGAUCACUCACCAAAUGGGUUCUCCGGUUAUCAUCUCAUGAUAGAGAAUCAGAACGUUAAUUAACCUAGUGUGGAUACAUGUCCUCCUCCCUUGGUUUCCAUUAUUACUAAUUUUUUUCUUGGGGGGUUAAUUAAUUUUCUGUUUAUUAUUAUUAUUAUUCCCUAUUUUUUUUUUUUUUUUUUUAUGUAGAAAUUCAAAAUCACUCGAUCCAUGCAUGGUUUCCAUGUGGAUUCGAAGUGUUUGAAGCUUUGUUUGUCUGUACAAGUUGAGAUUUUUCUUCCAACUUGAUUGUUCAGAUUUUAAUUAUUAUAAGAAAAAAGGAUAUAUAGAGAAGAUGA